AAUGUGGAAUUACCAUUAUCAUCGAAAAUCUAGUAAUCUAUAAUUUUCUAGCCGUAAAGAAUCGCCGUUGUCAUCCACGCGACCUUUGCUGCGCUCGUCCACGGUUCGCUUGCUGGUCGCGCUGUUGUUGAUGUUUCGGUGACAGCUGCUUGCGGCUUCGAGCGCGAUUUACCGAAAAUCUUUCUGCUAAAUUUAGUAAAAACCGUGGAAUUAUGGGUCGUUCGAGAAGUCGGUCGCGUAGCCACAAGCGUAAAACCAAGAAACGGUCCCCAUCACGCUCGAGUUCAUCGGAGAGCAGCUCCUCUAACAGUGAUAGCGAUACAAGCAGCAGAAGCCGUUCCACCGGUCGAGAGAAAAGCAACACGAAGCACCAGCAUCAGCAUCAACAACAGCCAAGACGCGAAAGGGAAAGGCAGGGAUCACCGCCGCCGCCUCCGGUGAGACGCAAUCGGUCAACAAGCCGAGAACCUCGGCGUGACGAUUCUAAAACACAACGCAGCGGUAGGGAGCGCCAUUCGAGUCGCAAACAUUCUGCAUCUCCGGAUCAACGUAGGCGUUCCCCUAGGCGACGGCCAGACCACUCGCGCAGUCCCGCACGAGAGCGACGGGACAACUACCGAGAGCAGCACAGGGAGGAAUCACCGCGACACCGCCGUGAAGAAAGGCACCCACGAGAUCGACCAGAUGAUCAACGAAACCGAGAGCGCAGGGACGAAGAUCGGCAGAAUGGUGGCAGCCGAGAUCAGCGCGCUGAAAACAGCCGGCGACGACAACGCUCACGGAGUGUGGAUGAAAAACGUGCACAUUCCAGAGACCGUUCAAGACAUCCAAGUGAGCGGUAUCGGCAGCAACGGUACCGAGAGGAGUCGGCUGAACAGUCGAAUGACUACCAACGAGGGCAAACGAACCGUUGGAAACACGACAUGUACGAUGAUCAGGGCGGACCACAUCAUGCGGAUCGUAGUUACCGCCGAUCGAACCGUGACACGAUGAAUGAAGAGUUUAUGCGCUCACGACGGUUACAGCGUGAAAUCAUCGGCACCGAGGGCGUUCCGGAAGCUUGGGGCUCUUCCCCGUCCCCCAUCAACACCUCGGAUGAUGAGGAGAAAGCUACCUCGAAGCACAAAAAAUCGAAGGCGAAGGCGAAGAAAAAGUCCAGUAAAUCGAAAAAGGACAAAAAGAAGAAAAAAUCUUCCAAAAAAUCCAAAAAAUUCAAGAGCUCGCACAAGAAGAAGAAGAAGCGAAAGAGCAAGAAGGUAGCCGCAUCAUCAUCAUCAUCGUCCUCGUCGGCCUCCUCAUCGGAAUCUUCGUCCUCGUCCGGCGAUGAGGAGGAGGUGUGGAUCGAGAAAUCGGAAGCUCUCGAGAAGGAAGCCGCCAAGAAGAAGGCAUCCCGGGGCACGGCUGGUGGUGGGCUAUCGCUCAAAGAAACAGCGAGAGGUGAUGAGGGCGACGGGGACGGUGUCGUGGGGCCGGUGAAAUCCAGCGGAAAUCUCAACCAGAAGGAUUUCGGCCGUGCCCUGCUGCCCGGUGAAGGUGCGGCCAUGGCUGCCUACGUGACGGAGGGCAAACGUAUUCCACGUCGUGGAGAGAUCGGUCUUACCUCGGACGAGAUCGCCAACUUCGAGGAGGUAGGCUACGUAAUGAGUGGUAGUCGCCAUCGGCGCAUGGAAGCCGUCCGUAUUCGUAAGGAAAAUCAGAUCUAUUCGGCCGACGAGAAGCGGGCACUGGCCAUGUUCAGCAAAGAGGAACGGCAGAAGCGCGAAAACAAGAUCCUGACACAGUUCAAGGAGAUGAUCAGUGCAAAGUUGUCGGAGAAUAAAAAAUAACACGAUCAAACCAUCUCUCCACCUUGCACUUUUACCUUCAAUGGAAUAUUGUAGAUUGAAUUUUGAAAAAUAAAAAACUGGU